UGCUAGGCACCCAACACAGAGGGGACAUUUAACGAAAACAUUGAGAGCAUCGCUGAUAUGGAAAUUGAAUAUCGAAUAUUAAAUCUUUACAAAACAAAGCAAUUCGAUGAAUGUCUUAAAUUAUGUGAAACGGCCUUACGCAGUAAAGAUGAUCGUAUGAUAGAAUUUAUACGAAUGCGGGCUAUGACAAUACAAGCAAAGGUCGUUGGUAAUGGGUAUGAAGAGGUAGAAUAUUAUCCUCAGCAAGAUGACCUUAUAUCAACGGCGGUAGCUAAAACUCCGAGACCAGGAACUUCAUUUCUCCGCGAUGCUAAAACAGCUCGUAAUGUUGAUACAUCAUAUCAGAAAAGAGCUACAGCCACGGUACGAUCCCGGGCUGGGACCAACACGGCUGGUGCGCGCAGCGUACGUACAGCACUCAAUACAGCAUCGCGGAUGUCCCGCGCAGCCACAGCCCUCGCCGGAGGAGCCUCCUACACACCAGGGGCACCAUUAUCUCUACGAUUUCUUUCAAAAGAAGACAAAUUUUUUAUUCCAGCAUCAAAGACACUUUUUGAAUAUGUGUUUUAUUGUGAAGGUGACGUGAGAAAGGCUAUGGAGGUGGCAUUUCAAGCACAGAAGGCUGAUGAUGUACUCACUGAUUGGUGGUGGAACUUUUCAUUAGCUCGAUGCUAUUACGCACUCGGAAUGUACAGAAACACAGAAGACUGUUUACGUCAAGCUCUGAAACAAAACAAACACAUCUCCAUAUAUCUUAGGCUGGUGGCAAUGUACGUGGGAUUAAAUCAACCAAUAUCGGCACUAGAUAUCUGUAAACAAGGACUGUCAGUGUUUCAUGAGUACACGCCAUUAUUAAUUGAGCAAGCCAGAAUCCAUGAGCAAAUGGGUAACUCCGCUCUGGCUGUCAAAGAAUAUCGAUUGGUAGCUUUAGAAGAUCCAUCGAACAUGGAGGCUAUAGCUAACAUAGCUAUGUACAAUUUUUAUAAUGAUCAACCAGAAAUUGCUUUAAGAUAUUAUAGGAGGUUGUUGGCCACAAAUACUGCAGGAUCAGAAAUAUACAAUAAUUUAGGACUCUGCUGUUUGUACUGCAAUCAAUGGGACUUGACAAUACCAUGUUUUCGUCAGGCACUCUACUUCUCUGCAGAUCCUGAUAUUCGUUCAAAUAUUUGGUUUAAUCUUGCUCAUGUGGCCCUGUCCACGGGUGAUAUAACAUUAUCUUACAGAUGCCUGCAAGUAAGCCUGGCAAUAGACUCAAAGAAUGAAGCUUCUCAACAUGCGUUACAAGUCCUAGACGCUAGAUUACGUGCAAGAAGGAAGAACGCUAAUUAAUGUUUUACAAAAUUAAAAUACU